GAAUUAAGAACUGCCAAAGACCAGAUCAUUUUUUAUUAUGUCCUGAUACGUAAAAUCCUAGGAUUCAAUCGGAUGAAUUCUAGGGAAUUCACACAGUAAUAUUUAUUAAAGGAAUCCACAAGGCAAGAACACAAGAGAAACCAAAAAUACAGUCCAUGACAGACACGGGGAACACAGGCAGGGAUUGUGAGUGACAAGUGAUUUUAACGCUUUAAUCUGUGAAAAACUCUGUUCUUCAGGGAGGAUUGUUUGGCAUGUACUGUCAGUGAUGGAGGGAUAUUCAGUCACUCUGAAUACUGAAAUGAAGGAUGAUGAUCAGAUUCAGUGGAGGUUUGGAACUGAAAACUCUCUAAUAGCUGAAAUCAAUAAACGGGUUGACAGAUUCACUGUAUAUGAUGAUGUUCUUGAUGGGAGAUUCAGAGACAGACUGAAGCUGGACAAUCAAACUGGAUCUCUGACCAUCACAAACAUCACAACUGAACAUACUGGAAAUUAUAAACAAAAGAGCAACACUGUGGAAAAUCAUUUCAGACUCACUGUCUAUGUUGAAAUAUCAGUGAUGGAGGGAGAUUCAGUCACUCUGAAAACUGGUCUUACUGAAAUCGAGGAUGAUGAUCAGAUUCAGUGGACGACGACGUUUGGAACUGAACUCAUUUUAAUAGCUGAACUCAAAAAACGGUCCUACAGAAUCACUGAUGAUUUUCUUAAUAAGAGAUUCAGAGGCAGAUUGAAUCUGGACAAACAAACUGGAUCUCUGACCAUCACAGACAUCACAUCUGAACAUGCUGGAGUUUAUAAUGUAUAUAACAAGCGCGUGGACAUAAAUUUCGCUCUUGCUCUCUAUGUUGAAAUCUCAGUGAUGGAGGGAGAUUCAGUCACUCUGAACUCUAGUCUUACUGAAAUGAAGGAUGAUGAUCAGAUUCAGUGGUGGUUUGGAACAGAACGUACUCUAAUAGCUGAAAUCAAUAAAGAGUUCAACAGAUUCACUGUAUAUGAUGAUGUUCUUGAUGGGAGAUUCAGAGACAGACUGAAGCUGGACAAACAAACUGGAUCUCUGACCAUCACAAACAUCACAACUGAACAUGCUGGAGAUUAUAAACUACAAAUUGCAACUCGGAAAAUGUCAUUAAAAGCUUUCAGAGUUUCUGUCAGUGACUCUGUCCACUGUUGUGGUCCUACUGAAGCUGUGAUCCGAUUGGUCCUCUCUGCUCUGGUGGGCGUGGCUACUGUCAUUAUUCUGGUUUAUGACAUCAGAUCCAGAAGAGCUGAACGAGAUCGAGCACAUAUCCACACUUCAGAAAUCGAAUUGUCAUUUCUCACAAACUUGUUUUGCAUAUUUGUGAGAAUUAAUAAAUUAUGGCUUUAUAUGUUCAUCUUUUUUAGAAAGUAUUGAAAUCUAUAGCAGUUAACUUUCAAGGUUCUUCAAGUGUGUUUUUGAUCUUUUAAGCUCAGUUCAGAGCAGAAAACAUGAAAUCAGUGAAGACUAAACAAUGCCACACAACACAAUAUUUAUUAGAAACCUCAUGAUCGACUGUUUUAUUUAUGAUCUUGUCAAUGACAGCAGCCCGAAUUCCAGGAAAUUUCAGUCUUUUUUGUGUGUGUUUUGCUUUAGCUAUUGCUGAGAAGUUAUUUUCAUAGUUAGACACCAUAGUUAGUUUGUGUUUUGUAGUCUAUUUGCUUUAUUCCAGUCACGUCAUUGUCAAAGGAGGGAAAAUUAUGUAUAUUAGGUCAUGUUUUAACUUGAUCCAUCCUGUGUACUUGUAUUGAGCUGUAUGUAGCUAAAGCUCUAUGCUAUGGCAUUAAACUAUGACAUUAAGUGAGAUGAAAUGUUAAAUUUGACAUUGUUGGUAAAACAUUAUAAGCAUAGUUGAACAUAUCAAGCAUAGUUGAGAUCAUUUAAAUAUUUUAAAUGUGAAAUAUUUUUAAUUAUAUGU